GUUAUGUUUCAACCAAUGUCCCCAGGCCUAGAUUAGCAAGCCAACCAGGAUAUAAGUUUUGUUAUAUAGCCCUUAUAGUACAUUCAACAAAAUAAWMCUUUUCCUUGGCCGAAAGGAAUACAAUUAGCGUUUUAAUUAACAAUUAAAAUUGUACUCCUUAUAAAAUUUUGUUUAAAUGAAGGUAAUAAACAAAAAAAACCGCACAAUCUCUCGUGCAAUUUGGAACUAAUAGUCACUCAUUAUGUUUUGAAAGUUCUCAAAUACUGAAAUUACGAAGAACUUUCAAAACAUUUACUCGUGUCAAUUAGUUCCAAAUCGUACUCAAGGUCGUGCGAUUUCCUAUACUAAGUCAUAGGCCGCCCAACUAUUACAUUAGAGACAGAAAAAAACGAAUGCUCACGCAAUGUAUAUGCUAUCGGCGCGUGGUCUUAGAAAAAUUCGGGUUACCUGUGGUGUUACGUCACGAUCCCGCGCCUGGAAAGUACAUACUAAUCUGUGACACGCGCAGAUCAUAUACAUAAAAUAAAAGCGUGCGCAUUUGUUCUUUUCUGUCUCUAAUGCAAUAGUUGGGUGGCCUAUGUACUAAUAGAUCAUUUUGGUUCAUGGGUUUUCGUGUUUGUCAAUAUAUCAAGCAAUUUAUUAUAGUGAAUGAAUAUAGUCACUUUGCACCAUAAAGUUAUGGAAGCCAAUGCACGAGUGCUGUAAAUUAUCAUAGAAUCCACUUCUAUUGCAACUAAUGCUAUGUGACAGACGGUGACAAUGACGAAUUAUCAGUACGUUAGCCCUAAUCCAGUAUUGAUUGAUCCUGCUUAUCUUACGGAAAAACAAGAAUUACAUACACUAGAGACAAAGAUAGCAAGCAAAAACCUUGUUUAACUUUGGUUUAAAACACCAAAAUAAAAAAAUCUCCAUAUAUCGUGACUAACUUUGUGAAAAUACUUGAAUUGGCUUAACAUUGAAGAAUUUUAAUGCUUAACCUAGAAAAAGGUUAGGACACCGAAGGACUAGAUCCAUCUAAACCAUAAUAACUGGAUUUGAGCGAUAAGAUAAAAUAAUAAAAACAACAUGUUAAAAAAAUUAUAUUUUUUGAAAAUAUUUUGCUUAUAAUUUGUAGUAUCUUGAAAUAUGUGCUUGAAAACUCGGCAGUAUGAAGUUUUCAUUCCGAUAAGUGGCCAACCGCGUGUCUAGAAAAAAGAAAAUUCUUAUCCUCCUUCGUGUUAGAUAUCGAAUUGUAAGUAUUGAAUUUUCCGCCCUGUUUUUACUCUUUUUCACUCCUCACUUCACACCAUGGAAGUAUGUUUACAAUAAACUAGUGUCUUUAAAUAGUUGUAAAAAGAAUUGACUACAAAUUGCUCCUAAAAUAACGCGCCUGACAACUGUACCAUGUCUUGUGUGUUUAUAAUCUUUCAGCACUUUAAAUCCGACAAAACUAAUUGMGAUUCUAAUUAGAAACAAUUGAGAAUCGCCUACAGCGACGAAUUUUAGUGGAAUUUUACUCCACAAAGAAUUUAAAAAUAUCGAAAAAAUGGCAUCACUUAGGAAGGGAUUUUGCGAUCUGAGUCGCUGUUGAUAAAACAAAGGUUAAAUUGUCAUCAUUYUUSUUCACUUGAGUUUUCUUGUAAGCAUUAAUCRCGGUAAAACAAACGUUUCUCACUUGUAAAURGCGCUAUUAUAUCUGACCUUGAUURAAGAAUUUCAAGGGUUUUUGAAAAGAAGAGUAAAUUCUGUGCCAUGCAGACGCGCGWCCAAUAUGGYGGAAAACACUCGAAUGGCUUCCCRAAGCUUUCAGCCAAUCAGCAACGUAGAAAAGACUCUCUYGUCCAAUCAGAUCCACUGUAUAAACAACUCAUCCCAUGCGAUAACAUACUGACUUUCAGAGCGUUUUUGAAAUAUCUCUCUCUUGCUAAGAAUAAUUUAAACAUUUUUUAAACAAGGGUCAAAAUAUCUCAACAAGCGAGUAGUUUAGAUUGACACUAAGAGCACUUUACUACGACGCAACCUUGGGCAAAGUCAAAUUGUCUGGAGAGGAAAACAGAGCGAUAAUUUGCGGCAAUUUUUUCAUCAUUUAAGAAGGAUAAAAACAUCACGAAUGAAAAGAAAUAUCAAACUAUUAUGUCAAGCAUUUUGACUCCAGCAUAAAAUUUCAUGAGUAAUUUACGCUCGUUUAAAUAAACAAAACUCUUAAUUUCGCCUGUGUAUCGAUGUUAAAUGAGCCCAAACGAGCAAAACGUUUUAUCUCAUGACUCCAGGCCGGCAUGUGAUGGACGCAAACGACCUGAGCUCAGUCGCCAUCGAGGCUAAUUUGCUGACGGUAAUGAAGAUGAAUUAGAAAGGGGAUCUGUUUAACGCCAAGGACAAAGAAAUCACCGCUAAGAUGCCGCUUAAUUAAUUUCCCUAUCAUGUUGAUCUCAACUCGAUGUACUGCUGAUAAACCCGAAAAACGCGCCUCGAAUUCUACGCUGAUUUGUGCCGAUAGUUGUAUCAAAUUGUCUUCAGGCGUGCGCACGACCCAACGCCUCGCACAAAAUAAUCAAAGUCCACUUAUACUUACAAAGGAUUUAGUCAUCCUUUCAAAGAAGUCCUCCAAAGUUCUCUAAAGCUUUCAAUAAGGGYGAUAAAUUGCGCGCUCUAAACAAAUGUUUGCUUAGCGCAUUUGAGUGCCGUUCUAAUAGUAGCUCUAAUUGACCACGUUUCUACUUUGUAAACAGCAAUUGAUACUUUGUGGGUGGUGCCAUGAUUGGCAGCCCCACGAUUUGUGAAAAGAGAUUACACCGGGUUUUAUAAUAAUAGCCAGAUAAAUAUUAGACACUCAUCAAAGGUACUUGGCCACCAAUCAAUCAAAAUGAUAAUGUACAAAACAUAGACUCCUGACUCCCAUAGGUGCACGAGCUGAAGGAAGGCGGACACACGACGACCCAGAGGUGCAAAUAUCAUUCCCUAACUAUACUUGAAGCUGUAAUGUCUUUGAAACAGAAACCGCAGGGAAUGGACAAAGAAGAGCGUAUGAAACCACCGCAUUCCUAYAUUGCGUUGAUAGCUACAGCUAUCCUAAACUCACCAGAAAAGAGGCUUACUUUGACAGAAAUAAACGAGUACCUCGUCAAGCACUACGUGUUUUUCAGAGGCUCUUAUCAAGGAUGGAAAAAUUCUGUGCGCCAUAAUUUAUCCUUCAACAAGUGUUUUGUGAAGAUACUGCGAGAUCCCGCGAGGCCGUGGGGAAAGGACAAUUACUGGACAGUCAGCUCACUCAACGAUUACCUUCUCUCUGAUGGCAGCUUUAGAAGACGAAGACGACGAAAGCCAAAGAAAAGAGAGAGUGAAAUUACAACAAGACGCGAAAGAUUGCUGUUGGCUGACCAUACAAGAGAAUACCAUAAUGCAAGAUUUGAAGAACCCCACCACAGUCCCCUAGUGCUUCCUCAAUUGACUUCCAAUGAGCAUAGAAUACCUGCAACAAACUCUAGCCAGCAAGCUACCACUUCACCAAAAUUCCGUGGAUCUUUCUCCAUUGAAAGCAUCCURUCUGAUGAMAACCUCGACGAAAGAACGAACUCUACAAUCCMUCCACCAAGGCAUGACCCACCGCCUCAAACUAUCCAAACGUAUCCCUGCAUAAGCUUAGGAGUCCUGCCAAAGRCGCCGRCAGUAAGCUGUCCUCAUUCUMCGCCACGUCCCACAGCUCAUCCAAGCAGUCACAUACCUUACCAAAGAGUUUUGCCGCCAGGUUUAUUGAAUCACACCUGCGAGUUAUGGCAUACAUGUCCACAUUGUGUGCCCCACUUUUGUCAUAGAUGCUACUAAAGGUCUGCUGUAAAAAUAACUGUCGAGAAGUGACGAGAAAUCCAUGGCGCAACAUUGGUCUUCGGCUGUGCCACGAUGGUGGGACUUAAAUGGAGCUUCCUUCUCAGAAAAUACAGUUAAACCGUCAUUUCUAUGGAUAUUUGUCAAUAGAAAAUGAGCAAUCUUUUCAUUGAAGGUAUUUAGACAAUGAAAAGGUCGAACGGAAACACAGAACUUCAACAACAUGGCAGAAGACAUUGUGAACAACAMUCAAUUGAACACGAAAGAAAGUGUUUUUGUACAGUGUUUGUACAUUUUCUUACAGAAACKUAUUGGAAAAAAUCAAGCAAGUAGUUCUUAAAGUUAAAAUAAAGUUUAUUUUACCUUUC